AUGAGCGAAGCAGCUACAGCUGUGACCGCCACGGCGACAACUGAGCCCUCCACCAUAAACACAAUCACGACUUUGGCAAUGACAACAGUGUUCACCCCACCAGCAUCAUGUUCAAGCUCGUGGACCUUUGAGCCAUCAGGCGCAAACAACAUUGCAAGUGGCCUGCUACUACAAAACGCCGCCGCGAGCGACAAUGCCGAUCCGAACUGUUUCCCCUCGGGAUACACUCAUUUCGGACGGCAAAUGGCAUCCAUUGCCUAUAGCCCGGGUGUUUGUCCAGUUGGAUAUACCACAGCCAAUCUAGUCAUUCACAACCCGGUUACCACUGCUCAAUGCUGUCUCUCCAACUUCGAAUACCUGACCAUCUCCAUGGGCCAAGAUUCCACAUACGCAGGAUGUACCCGCAUGCUCCCAUCGGAUAGUUCCACAAUCGUGACCGUCCGCCAAGUAUCAGGCGAAAGCACACAAGUCUCAGGCCCAAUCACAAUGUGGGCACAACCGAUCCAAAUCCAACUGCAAGCCACAGACUCGAGUCUAUUCACCACAGCAACAUCAACAUCAGCAUCAGCCUCAAACUCCGCAACAGCAACAGCAACAGCAACAUCAACCUCCACAUCCACCUCAGGAGCCCCAUCCUCAUCCUCAGGCUCCGGCCUCUCUCAAGGCGCCAGCAUCGGAAUCGGCGUCGGCGUCGGCGUAGGAGGCGCCCUCAUAAUCGCCGCCCUAGCAUUCUGGUUCUUCCGCCGACGCAAGAUGAAAAAGAACAUGGACCCGUCAUACCAGCGCGCGGGGCAGCCGGAGGCAAGUGAGCUCGGCGGAAGCUCGCAGCAGACUGCGCCUGAGAGUGUUGGUACACACACGCGCUCGACUAAUCCGUCUGAGUUGGCUGCGGAUCAAGCGCCGAAGCCUGUGCAUGAACUUUACGGUUGA